UAGGAGUGACAUCAGAGCAGGGAAGAGUAUAAACACUUGCAGGGCUUUACUCGCAGACUUUAAAAACUUCAGACACGCUGCUGUCUCCAAACUGCCUGGGGAGGGAUGUGCUGAAGUGUCAGAAUGAAACUCCAGCUUCUCUUGAUCUCCUUCCUUUGUCUCCUUUCCAAGGUAAGGAAGCUGGGAAUGUUUGUUUAGAUAGCAAGGAUCUUUCCCCCCCAUUCCCCCACUUACAAAACAAUUUAUAAUCAAGCAACUUCAGUUUGGCAACUGGAAUAAUUAAAGGAUGUCUUCAAACACUAAUGUGUCUUUUUAAUGUGCAUGCUUAAGUGUCACAUCUGUGCAAACCAUGGAGAAUGUGCUGUUGUGAAUAAAUGUUGAAAAGCCAACUUUUAUCCUUUAGCACCACGGUUCCCAUAUUUUAAAUCACUGUAUUUGGAUCUACUUCAUUAAUUGUGCCGGUACCAAAGUCAUGUGCUUAUGCUAGCAGAGGAGGCUGCAUAGUAAUCAAUUAAAUAGUUUCUUCUGCACACUCAGUUCUCUGUUUUACAACCUCAAGAGGCACAAAGCCAAGCAGCUGGCAUUAUUUUUCAAUAUUGCUCAAUUGUUGUCCAACUUUUGCUCCGGGAAAUACAGCGAAGCACAUGUACAGCUGAUGCCUCCUGCAGGAUUGCACAAGAUGAACAACAUUGUUCAUUUAACAUGCACACACACACACACACACACACACACGAACAAUUUAAUCACUUGAGAGUUUUCCAGUGGUUUUAGAAUACUGCUUCAGUUUCAGAUUUUGGAAACACACUGUAAAUGCUGAGAUCGUUGCAGUUGCCUGUCUUUAAAAAUAAGUAACGCAUGGACUGGAUACCUGUGUGGAAAUACAAUCAGGUGUUACUUAAGGACACAGCAACCCAGAAUAUAAAGCCUAGGAGAGGUAAAAUUAAUCAGAUCAUAGCAGAUAUUCAGCAUAUUUACAUCCAAGAAUAGCCUGUAGUGGAGAGAAGCAAGCCUAUGAAAACAAAUGCUAUACCUCAACAGCUAUAAGAAGCUGUGCAUUAUAUCCCAAUGACAUUAAUCCCCGUUUGGUCAUAUUAUCCCAGGAAAUAUAAAGGUGUGGUUUGCUUUUCCUUACUGCACACUCUCAGUAUGACUCAAUGUCAGGGGCAGCACAAUUGAUCAAUUUUUAGAUUAUUCAAAUAGCACUCCUGUGAGUGACUCUAGGUAGGUUUUGUUUCCAAAUUCUGUGAGGGAGAUGAAAGGGCAUCAUUUGAUGAGUUACACUGCUAGAGAUGCUGAACAUAUUAGCAUCACAAUGACAUUAUUUUCUUUCGAAUACAAAUAUAUCACCAUAAAGAAGAAACACUGACAAAGAAGCUCACCUUGAGCAGAUUCUUAAGAAGGCAGGUUCUCUUAUAAUCUUUGACCCCUGUCUACUGAGUAGUGCAAGUGUGAGUUACCACAGACACUAGUCCCUUUCUCACUUCAUCGGAAAUGAAGGAGUGUGGCAGGCUGUAUCCAUACUAAACACAUUGCUUCUUUGGGGGGGUCUUGAUUCACCACUUCCCUUUCCUGUUUGCUUUAACGCAGGGGUAGGCAACCUAAGGCCCGUGGGCCAGAUGCGGCCCAAUCGCCUUCUCAAUCUGGCCCACGGAUGGUCUAGGAAUCAGUGUGUUUUUACAUGAAUAGAAUGUGUCCUUUUCUUUAAAAUGCAUCUCUGGGUGUUUUGUGGGGCCUGCCUGGUGUUUUUACAUGAGUAGAAUGUGUGCUUUUAUUUAAAAUGCAUCUCAGGGUUAUUUGUGGGACAUAGGAAUUCGUUCAUUAUUAUUUUUUUCAAAAUAUAGUCCAGCCCACCACAUGCUCUGAGGGACGGUGGACCGGCCCACGGCUGAAGAAGGUUGCUGACCCAGCUUUAACAUGUCCACUGCCUCUCUUCUUACCUCAAGGCCUUACUCACGUGUCAAUUAGUUCAUUUGCUCAUUCAUUACGUUUUUAUCCCUUCCUUCCUUUGCAGAGCUCAGGGAAGUUGCUUGCCUCUUGUGAGGUAGACUUAGCUGAGUGUAGUAGACUAAGUGAUCGGCCCAAGGUUAACCAGUGAGCUUCUUUGUUGAAUGGGAAUUUGAGCCCAGGUGUUCCUGAAUCUAACCUGAGUUGGCUAUUUUCAUCUUUCCUCCCCAUUCCUUUCCCCUUCUGUGCCAUGUCUUUUAGUUGGUAAUCCAUUAAAUGAUUGUAUAUAAGCCAAUAAGUCUUUUUGUCUGAAGAGCGGGGUGAAGUUGCUAUGAAUAAAUAAAAAUGCUUGCAUCUGUGUAUGAGGUACAUGUGCUGGGAAGAUAUGGCUUAGUGUGUGUGCAAUCAUAAAUCACAAGAAAUCUUCUACACUUGAGAUCUUUGCUCUGCACAGAGCUGUUAUUUUUUUUGUAGAAAAUGUGAUAUUAUAGAACACUGUUAGUCUGCAAACACCAUGCUUGAUUUAACGACAGUGCUUUUUAAUCCUGACAAAUCAUUAAAUCAUUGAAUUAUUUAAGUGAAGGCAAUACAAAUAAAAUUCAGCCAGUUGGCACUGGUAGUACUGUACUUUAGCCAUAUGUACUCUUUUCCCAGGACACGUCCUCUUUUUCAUGGGUAUGUAAAAUGAGAAUCGUCAUAGCGAUCCAUAGUUAAAAAGUAGAAGUCAGCAAAUGUGUCCUCUUUUUUGUCUUCAAAAUAUGACAACCCUACUAGAGCCACAGUCACACAUCAUGAUGAGCCGUACACCACUCCUGCUUUGCUCCUCAUUCCUCUCUGCUUUAACACUCAGGAAACAAAUAAUGAUUUGUGGUUUAGCGUUACAUCUAAAACAAGGAUCAUGGUUUGUUUUGUACUAAGAAACCAAGAUUGGUAAGCCAAGAACAAACUGUGGCCAAUCAUCAUGGUUUGGAGCAAUACAGACAUAAUGUCAGAGACCAGCCUGAGGAGUACAACUCUGAUAAGGAAUGGCCAGGAUCCUGAAACUCCACAGGAGCAAUGGAGUAGUGUUGAUUUGGAACAAUGGUUUGCUGAGGGGCACAGUUUGGAGGACAACAGUUGGGCAGAACUGGGAGGUGAACAGCAAGUAAAAGAACGGGAAGAGAGUAAGCUAGCAAACUCUCUCUCACUGGAAGAUGUGCAGCCUCUCAGUGCCAAGGCUAGGAGAUUAGAUAUGGUGGCUUUGCAAAAGGCUAAAGGUUGACAGAUCAGGUGGCUAGGAGACAAGAGGAUGGAAGUGACUAGAGGGAAGUCGGUGGAACCUUAACUUGGAGCACCUGCACUCUGAGAAGGGUCGCUUGUUCUUUUGCUGCAUUCAUUAAACAUUUCUGUUACUGGUAAGAGACUGCUUUCUCUUUGUACUGCUUAUCUACGGCCAAGAGGGGAGGAAGCAGUGCCUCUGAAGCCUGACACAUAAUGAUACGUGGACUACCAUGAAGUCCAAACGUGGCCUAUAUGUAAUUAGAGUAGUAACCUGUGUUGUGUUCAGGCAUAUUAAUGGUGCCCUGUCUCCUUAUGCACAGCCCAGUCUCCAGAUUUUCACCUUCCUCCUUGACAUGGACUAGGAGAAUCCUUAUCAAAGGCUUCAAGCCUUCGCCUAAUGAAGCUGAAUGAAAUACAGAUACAGUGGUACCUCGGGUUACAAACACAUCAAGUUACAGACUCCGCUAACCCAGGAGUAGUACCUCGGGUUAAGAACUUUGCCCCAGGAUGAGAACAGAAAUCAUGAGGCAGCGGUACAGUGGCAGUGGGAGGCCCCAUUAGCUAAAGUGAUACCUCAGGUUAAGAACGGUUUCAGGUUAAGAACAGACCUCCGGAACGAAUUAAGUUCGUAACCAGAGGUACCACUGUACUAAACUCUGUGUUAGUUUAGAUCAGGGAUAGUCAACAUGCUUCCCUCUACGUGUUUUGGACUACAACUCCCAUAAUCUCUGCCCAUAGGCAAUGAUGGCUGGGGCUGAUGGGAUUUGUAGUAAAAAAUAAAUAAAUCUGGAAGGCACCACUGGUUUAGAGACUAGCCCAAAAACAUAGGUUAGCAACACAUCACCAAAAUGUUGUGGUGCAGUCUGUCAAUUUGGAACACACCCUUUCAAUGUAUUAUAGAAGCUAGGAAGAUGCAGAAAACUAUUUAUUUAUCUUGCUUCUCUCAUUACUGAUGCAACAACUUUACAAAGGCACAGCCUUUGUUAUGAGUUAUGGCAGAGGACACUCAUUUGGAUACUUGUUUGAUUGAUACUAAACUAGCUGAUACUAUUACUUCGAUGUUAGCCGUCCUGAGCCCGGUCCUGACCGGGGAACGCAGGGUAUAAAUAAAAUUUAUUAUUAUUAUUAUUAUUAAACAGAAACUUACGCAUACAUCUAAGGAUAUUCAUCCCAUGUUAAGGUGCUUACUUAUUCAGUCAGUGGUCAGUAAAGAAAACACAAUAAAGUCAAUGUCAAAAUCAAAGUUAACCAUAAAUCAAAGUUGACCAUCAAUACAGAAGUGAGCUUCAGUCACGUGAUUCUCCUGGUGUUAUUGUUUGUGAUAGUCCCUAUCCUAUUAACUGCUACGUAUCCUUAGCUUUGCUUGAUCUUUGGAGGGGUUCAACUGCUUGGAGGAGUCAGUCACACAAAGAACACUUCGUACCAAAUCAGUAGUUAGGCCUCUGCUUGGAGGGAGGCCUAUUGUGCUCCUCAGCUGACCCCAUCCAUUUUAGGUGGAGAGGGAUUAUAAAGCAGAGUGUCUUGGUGAAUUGUGCCCCAAACAUGUAGGGACAUCAGAAGAGACCUGCUGGAGUAGACCAAAGGGCCAUUUAGCCAGCAUGUUGCUCUCACUGUGGUGAGAUGCCUAUGGGAAGUCCACAAAGGAGAUUCCAACUAAACAUCAGGAAAAACUUCCUGACAAUAAGAGCUUCUUCAACAGUAGAACGGUCUCCCACAGGAGGUUGUGGACUCUCCUUCCUUGGAGGUUUUUUUGUGGGAAUGUUCAGGGUGGCAGGAGAGGAUAUAUUGUUUAUUGAUAUCCUUCCUAACUUGCGCUAGCAAGUUCCUUCACUUAGCAGAGUGCAUUCUCCUUUACACAGCAGAAAACUUGUUGCAAACUCGUGUGAGUUUCUUAAGACAAUACGCAAUUCAAUCUGGCUUGUCCAGAUCGAAAUGUGUUCUAAUGUUUUUCUGGUAAGACCCCUUGAAUCCCUCCUAAAAGAAUAUAGACACCACCGUCUUAUUCAUAAGUAACAAAAAGAAAGUUUACUCAUAAUCAGGCAGAGCACAGUGUGAUCCCUGAAGGCAGGCUUUAGGCUUCAAGUUUGAAAUAUAUACAAACAGGUUUACCCCAUAAGGGAGAUUUACCUACUGACUGCAGGCUAGCAGUCCAGCAGUUUGCAGGAUGAAAGGAAGAUGGAAAAGGAGAGUGGCAGCAUGCCUUGUCCUUUUACCAGGUCUGGAAAGGUCAUGCCCACCCACUAGUCACAUGCAAGGAAGGAUGCUCCAGGCCAGGAGGAACAGGAAGUUUCGACUGGCUGGAUCAAACAUUCUCUUGCAUGUCCACUCUAGCGAAACAAAGAAUGUUGUAUUUGACUGCUCCCAGUGGAUUACAUCUCACAUGUUUAUUUAAGCAGAGGUUGGAUGGCCAUCUGUCAUGGAUGCUUUAGCUGAGAUUCCUGCAUUGCAGGGGGUUGGACUAGGUGACCCAUGGGAUCCCUUCUAACUCUUCAAUUCUAUGAUUCUAUGACAUGCAAGACUUGAGCACAACAGCCCUGUCUCCACCUGCGAUUCCCAGUAAUUGGUAUUCAGGGGAAUGCUGCUAGUAGCCAUGGUUUGUGUACCAAAAAACGAAAGGCAUUCAGUGUCACUAUAUCCUUUUUAAAAACUUAUUAUUAUUCAGCUGCUCAUUUCGCCAUGUCCCUAUAUUCUUGCACACUCUCUCUCUCUGCAGGUGUAUGCACAGCUUUGCCAGACUCCAUGCUACUGCCCAUGGAUCCCUCCACGUUGUCCACCAGGCUCCUCCUUAGUUCUGGACGGCUGCGGCUGCUGCAACAUAUGCGCCCGCAGACUGGGAGAGCCCUGCAGCUAUCUACACGUCUGCGAUCGGAGCCAAGGACUUGUCUGUGAUUACAGCGCUGCCCUGAUGGGGAGAGGAGGAACCUGCAAUUGUGAGCUAUUUCUUCUUGCCUCUCUUUGCAGGAGCCCCUUUGUCAUUUAGUGGGAUGGAACUGGCUCCCUCGAACGGGGCAAAGCCAGAAAUGUCUAAUGCAUACGGAAAGAACGCCUGAAAAGAUUAGGAAACCUGCGGGGUGCCCUUGAAACACAAGAGUCCAAAAGCAUGUUGCACUCCAAAAGCUUUAUUAGAUCUGUGAGUCAGGGCCAAAGUACACAUGGCUAGCCAUCAUUCAUGAAUCUCUUGUGUUUUAAAAGUGUUAAUAGUAACUGUGGGAAUUACAGGGUAGCAGGGAGAGGAAUUUGAACUGGGACUGCAGCGCUGGGGUGUGUGUGGAUUUUUCAAUCUCACAUUAUUCUUUUCAGUUAACACCCCUCUCUCAAGAAGUUUCUAUUGGUCCUUUAGGGCAAGACAUGCAGGUGUUGUGUAGCUUUUUCAGGAGCGGGGGUUAAUCAGGAAAAUUUGUGUGGAAAGGGUUAAAACUUUGUUCCUCUAUGCCAUGGUCCUGAUCUAAAUUCCAGAUAGGUAAAGGUAAAGGGACCCCUGACCAUUAGGUCCAGUCGUGGUCGACUCUGGGGUUACGGCGCUCAUCUCGCUUUAUUGGCCGAGGGAGCCGGCGUACAGCUUCCGGGUCAUGUGGCCAGCAUGACUAAGCCGCUUCUGGCGAACCAGAGCAGCACACGGAAAUGCCGUUUACCUUCCUGCCGGAGCGGUACCUAUUUAUCUACUUGCACUUUGACGUGCUUUCGAACUGCUAGGUUGGCAGGAACAGGGACUGAGCAACGGGAGCUUACCCUGUCGCAGGGAUUCGAACCGCCGACCUUCUGAUUGGCAAGUCCUAGGCUCUGUGGUUUAACCCACAGCACCACCCGCGUCCCUAAAUUCCAGAUACCCUGCUGCUAUUAUACUCAUACCUAAUAAUUAUGAACAGCCGUAGCAAGACAGAAAGUGCCACACAUAACUAGGAAAUGCUCCAUAUCCUGAGAAGUACUAGUAAAGAAGAAUAUUUCACUCACCAAAGAAUUAAGGGCCCAUUGUGACAUCAGCCACUCAGUGAACCAAUCUUCUCCCUUUGCCCUCGCCUCUGUUGGCAUGCCUGAAAAUCCUGAGUGUUGAAUGGUGCAUUGGUCCACGGUGGCAAUUCCAAACAUUCACACCUUUUGGUGGGCACUUCGCUAGAAAGGGGUGAUGAUGCUCUCACAGGGCCAUAAAUCAGAGGCUGUGAUGACAGUCCUGUAAGUUGGUACACAGUGCAGGCUUGGCUAUAUGUCAUGACUGUGUCUUCUCUAUUCUUCCCCUGGAGCUCCCAUGGCAGCAGGCAGGAAUGCAAACAAAACUCAGCAAAUAUGCCCCGAUUUCCUGUCCUACUUGGAGAGUUCAGGUCAGCUGACAGGGAUGUGAGUUAAACAAAUAUCGGCCUUUUACAAAAUAACAAGACCUAACUUGGAACAAAGUGACUUUCCUGUUUUUUAAAAGCUUUCUAGAAAGAGCAGGAGAACGGUGACCAACUCUUGGAAAGUUAGGGAUCCCACACUCUGAGGAUGGAGUCAGGCUUAGCUUGGGUAUUAGUCCAUUAGGCAAUUAAACAAAACAGGGAUAUCAGAAACUGCCAGGUCAGAAACUAUCUAGUUAGCCUUGUAUUUUCAGCCCUAGCAGGUGGCACUCCCAAAAUAUCAGGCAGAAGUCUUUCACAUCAUUUCUUGCUUUUAACUAGAGAUGCCAGGGAUUGCAUCUGGAACUCUCUGCAUGGAAAGCAAUGUUCUGUCACUGAACUAUAGACCUUCAUCCUAGCAGGAAACAAGGUUGUGCUUGUCACUGCCAGUUAGUAGAAAUCAGGGGUUCCAAAAAAUGUGGUCUGUGGACCUUCUUUCGAGCUUAAUUUGGGUGGUUUGUUCCAUAUCAGCAAUAAAUAUUCAUAUUGUUUUAUUGUCCACCAAUAUGAUUUGCAAUUUUCAAAUGUUCCUGGGCAGGGGAAAUUUGGGAACCACUGGUGUAGAUAAUCCUGAGCUUCCACCUUUCCAAAUGACCUGUUUAUUGGGCAUCUAUCCUGAUUUGUUUGCCAUGAGAUUAGAUGAUGUUGCAUCAAAGCUACAGUUUUCCAGACUUUCCACUGACUUUCCCUGCCACUUUCCCUAUUGCAAACAAUCAGAUCUUUUGAGGAAGCAGAUUUGUUGUGCAACAACUCCAAAUCAGCUUUAAUUGUGCAACAUGGAUUUGCAGGUGUAUGGCUGAAUCCCACCUGAAAAUUGCGACAGUCUGGACGUCUUUGAUAGACGAAUGGUCUGACACCGUAUAAUACAGAUGUCUAUGUAAAUUGUUUUGGGCUGGCCAUGUUCAUAUGAGUGCAGAGGAUUCUUCAAAUAACCUGGUCUGAAACUGUUCAGAUUUCACUUCCCAUUCCCACUUUGGAAUGUUGCCAAUGGAUUUCUUGUUUUCUGAGCUUCUCUAAGGAAGACUGUGCCACAGCAGAAAAUCCAGAUGGAAGGCCAACACAAGGCCUGACUGUGUAACUGUUUUUCACUCCACCUUAUAUUGUAUAGCCAACCUUCUGGUUUGUGGAGUUGCAUCUGUAGGAGAAUCUCUGACACAAAAAUAUUUCUCAUAAUCAUUAGGAACAACGUACCUCUCAUCUGUUCUUGCAGUGGAAGAAGAUACAUGGACUCAUCAGUCUUAUAACUAGUCUUUUGGCCCAAAAUGUUGAGUUUUAAAUAACCUUUUUAGUUUUUGGCUUUUAGGCUCAAAUGUACUGGGUUUCUGACCCUAAUUCCUGAUACCUAUGUAGGGAAUUGAGUGGAGAAAUUCCCUUUCCUAAAAACAACAAUGCAGAGCCAAUUUCAGUUUCAGAAUGUGGAGGUACCAUAUUCCAUUGCUGAUCAUAUUACGUGGUAGCUCUGUUACAGACUGAAUGCCUACAUUUGAUUUCUCCCAUUGUUUUUGGCUGCUCUGAAUGUGGACUACAGAUGAGGACAACGAUGACAGCUGCGAAGUGAAUGGGAAGAUCUAUCAGGAUGGGGAAGUAUUCCAGCCAAGCUGUAAGCUCCAGUGCCGCUGCUCAGGAGGAGGUUUCACAUGUGUCCCCCUCUGCAGUGAGGAUGUUCGCCUCCCCACUCCAGAUUGCCCCCAUCCAAGGCGUGUGGAGAUCCCAGGAAAGUGCUGCCAGGAAUGGAUUUGUGAAAGACAAGACAGGCAGAUCUUGACGGAUACCAUGGCAGGUAAAACUCAACAGGUCCUGGCCCACCUUUUUGGUCAUCACUUUGUUGUUGAAGUUACGGCCCAAACCAGCCUUGCAUUUAAGCACUAGCCUGGUAGCCGGAGCAGAAAAGCUGUUGCAUGCAGGUGAAUGAGGGGGCUUGCAAAGGUGGCUACUUAGACAUUGCCAAAAAAAGAGGAAAGGCAUUGCCUAAAAGGAGGCUCUAGAGUUUCCUGGAAUAUGCAUGUGCUGAUUUAUAUUGCAGAUUUAGAAGUAAUUUCUGUAAUUUAAACAAGCACAAUACAUCUCCCCAUUGUGGGGAAGACUGUGGCCAGGUGACUUGUAUGUACCUGCACAGUCUGCUGUUCAGGUGCUGCUGGUCUAGGCCUUAAACAUUUGCUUCAGAGCUUGUGCAGCUUAGAUCUUCAACUGGAGUUAGAUGAUUCAGUGCACAUUGGCACUUGCUGGAACUGAAAGUUCACUGGACAAAUCAUGUGCAGAUUCCUCCUUUGGAAGACCUUGCUAAGAAUGGAACCAAGGAGCUAUUUCAGGAAUCCCUGGGUGGAAUUCAACCUUGCACUUGGUGAACAUUUUGUCAGUGCAAGCAUUGCGGUUUACCAGAUGGAAUAAUCCCCCCUGUCCUCACCCCACACACUGUUCUGAGGCUUCUCCUGGCACUGAAAUCCCAAGCCAAUUUCUGGGGGCACAAGAGGAGGAAAGGUGGGAAAGCUCCAUUGAGCAAGCAGAAGCCUUUGCACUGGCAGGACUCAUUAGGGGCAAGCCAUGCCCUCUUCUUCAGAUUCACUUUCCUAUAACUCUCUCCUCCUCCUCUUCUGUGAAAAGGAAGCCUGAAAGAACUUGUUUUUUUUUUUCCUGAGGGUGGGUUUGACAAUUGUAAAUUGACAAUUAUAAAAAAAAGACCUCACAAGCUUCCUCCUUAUGCUUGUUUCUUUCCCAAAUGUAAACAUUGUUGUGUUGCUGCUCUCAAAAUGUUGAGCUAUUGGCACAACACAGUUGAGCAUUAAAACUCCAAAACCAAAACCAAAAACAAAAACAUUGGGGAAACACUGUAGAACUACUAAUAAAUCAGAAUGCUAUGUGGACAGUCCAAUAUAAAUCCACCACAAAUCUUUCUUCUUUGGCGAUCACUCGUAGCCGAGUAAGAUUGUCUUCCAUAAACACGGUUUUAACAGUGGGUUCGUAAGUGACUGUGGAGGCCAAUUCUGCAUCCACACGUCCUUCCACAGUGGGGACAUAGAUUUCUGGGCAGGAGUUGAUCAUGGUGAGGGUUUGCCAAGCGUGCCUUCCUCUUAGCACAUUUCUCCCUUCCAUCCUGAGUUCGAGUGUCUUCAAAGCCCAUGACACCUUUGGUAAAGGCUGUUCUCCAAUUGGAGUGCUCACAGGCCAGUGCUUCCCAAUUGUUGGUGUUUAUACUACAUUUAUUUAGAUUUGCCUUGAGAGAGUCUUUAAACCUCUUUUGUUGACCACUGGCAUUAUGCUUUCCAUUUUUAAGUUUGGAACAGAGUAGUUGCUUUGGAAGACGAUAAUCAGGCAUCCACACAACAUGACCAAUCCAACAAACUUGAUGUUGAAGAAUCGUCGCUUCAACACUGGUGAUCUUUGCUUCUUCCAGUACAUUGUCAUUAGUGUACCACAAAUAUGUUGUUAUUGCAUCCAUGACAUGUUACAGAAUACACCUAAAAACAACAACAACAACCCACCCCCAGUCUGGAGAAGGUCCUAAUUCACAAAAGCUUAGGCCACAGCAGUAAUAAUAAUAAUAAUAAUAAUAAUAAUAAUAAUAAUAAUAAUAAUAAUUUUAUUAUUUAUACCCUGCCCAUUUGGCUGGCUGCCUCAGCCAAACCUGCGAAUUUUUCAAAUCCCAAAAAAUCCUUCCCAUUUUUUGCUACAAAACUAAGAAGGCUAUUCCUCUAGAGGUUGUUACCAUGAAAUUUAUAAGCAUCCAUUUUAAUGAAGCUUCUUUCUUUCAUUCCCUGCUCAGCACAAAGGCUCCCUGGGACAGCGUCGAUAUUGAUCCCCUAUGCAUGUGAACAGUGGAGCACUGAAUGGUCCGCCUGUUCUGCCACCUGUGGCGUAGGGAUCACCACACGAGUAUCUAACCAGAAUCAGUACUGCAGGCUUGAGACCCAAAGACGCUUAUGCCUCCUCAGAUCCUGCCAGGGUCUGACGGGAAUAGCCAGCAUGGUAAGUGAUGGGUCUGUGGAAAAAAUACAAGAAAUCUCCACCAGGGCUGAAGUUGCUUUUUUAAAGGAGGGAAUCCCCACCACAUGGCAGACAUAUGUCAGGUGGCUAAUGUGGUUACUGUCACAGAGAAUUUCUUGCGUUGGAGACAGAGCAAACAAGGAUACAGAACUAAAGGGCAGGAAGAAGGGGCUGGUCAACAAGCAAGUGAGGGCAAGGACAAAGGAGGAGGUCCUUCGAUGGGGUGAAGGACAUUUGUGAGUGUGAAGCCUGGCUGGAAGACCAUGGCUUGCUGAGGGACAUAAUGGAGAAAAGUCUGUAUGUGAAUGAGCAGCCCAGCAAGCCAGCUUUUGGGUAUAGUUGUGGGAAAUACAUAUUUGUGAAGCAAGCCCAGAUGGGUAGCUUAAUCUGGAGAACACGAGACUCUUGAUUUCUGGGUUCUGGGCUCAAACCCCAAGUUGGGCAAAAGGAUCCCUGCAUUGGAGGGGGUUUGGGAUAAAUGACUCUCAUUGUCCCUUUCAAUUCUACCAUUCUAGGAUUCUAGGAUCCACUCACAGGCUAAGGACCUAGGGCUGCCCUGUGUUGAUUUCCCAUCCUCUCCUUCUGUAACAGCCUCAUUCAGUUUUCCCUAUUACAAUGGCAGAACCAGGGGGGGAUUGCUGGGGAGGGAAGGCACAGAGGGGGGACAGUUCAUCGGGUGUGUGUGACCUUAUUCUCACAUGUUAGAUUCCCAAAACAGGAAGAAUGCUCAUAUUAAUACUUCUGCCCUAAACAGAUUCCCUCUACAGAAAGUCCAACUGGCUUUGAUGGAGUUAAGUUUCAAGUCAGCAUGCAUAGCAUUGCAGCCUUAAUUCUUAAUGCCCAAAUCAUGAUUCAGUUAUAAUUUGCAUAUGAAAAGUGCCUUUCCUUCAAGUUAGCCACAGGUGUCCAGUGAAGGGGGUGGGGCGCAACUUGUCUGAGGGGGUUGCUUGCCCCUCUGUUACCACUUAUGUACCAUGUGCAUUUCCUCAGGCCCACAACUUUGGAUGUUCCUGGCUGGGUUGAGCAAAUGCACAUUUCGUUGACAUCAGGACAUAGAGCAGCUUUUCCCAGCCUGGUGUCCGCUGGGCAUUUUGGACUACAAAUCCCAUCAGCCGUAGACAGGGCUGAUGGGAUUUGUGGUCCAAAACAUCUGGAAAUCUGGGGGAAUCUGGCAUAGAGUAAAUUUAGCCAGACAUUAUGGAGGGGACAGUUCCUUAUAAUAUUGUUUUCCAGUGCAGGGCAGGAGGCAUUUUAAUCUUCCCCCACCUGCCGCAGGGCCCCCCAAAUUCCUAUGACUAGCGUUGUCACCUACCUCUACCCAAACUCUCCCUAAAUUCUCCAUGGACCACUUAGCUGUGUGCUAAAGGACCGAGGAUCUUAAGAAAGACAUUCUCUUUAAGUCUGAUAUAAAUUGUUCCAGCAAAAUCAAUACUUGCAAUUCGACUGCCAAGCUCUGUAAGUGGCUGAAUCCCCAAAUAGCAACGGACCCUCUGUGACCCAAAAUGCAGCAGCGUGAUUUAUUGACACAGCUGGAGCUAAAUGAGCUACCUGGCUGGAUUUAAACUGGUCUGGUUUUGGGGGGAGGGGGGGUUGUGCUGCUUUCCUCCUUCAUUGAGGAGGGGCUCUGGCUCCACCAGGAACAAUUCGUACUUUAUAGCUUCUGAAGUGUCAAGUUUGAAGGGCUGCAACGAAGGUUACUUUGCAAGAUCUAGGUGUGGCAGUUGAUAGCGCAAUUUCUGGGAAAUAAAACACUCACACUGCUUUCCACACAUCAAAGAUAUGUGUAGUGAUCGGUGUGGUGGGACAGAGCUGCAAGAGCGCCUUCUGAACACUAGUGUCGCUACAACUUACCUGGACGGGGCUGGUGUAGGUCAGGGUGCUGGCCAGCUUGUGGUUUUGAAGAAACACUGGUAGGAGCAUCAGACUUGUGUCAGGAGCUGGGAUUAGGGGUAGGGUGGCAAUAAAUCACACAGCUUCAGUGAAAUUAACUCUUUAUUCAAGGAAACAAGGUCGACUUAUGAGGCCUAGAGAGCACAGCAACUUGUCCCAGUAGCUCUUGCCCUUAUGAGGCAGCUGUGGGGAUGGAAGGUCCCCACCUUCCCACAGUUGCCUAAGUCUCUUCCUGCCCCCUGGGUCCUUCCCAAGCAAUCUGAGACUUCAAUUUUGUGCCUGUCUUCUUGUAAGUUGGUUUUGGCAUUUUCUGUUCUUGUAAAGUUGAUUCAGUUUGGAUCAGCCCAGGCUAAAAUGUGUUCAUAGUGUCAGCUGUGAAAAACAAACCCAGAUGGAGUUUGGGAAGAAAAAAAUGUUUGAUUAAAGCCAAGGUCAAACUACAUGUUACAUUAAGCACAUUUCAGGGGAAAGUGUGCUCAGCAACGCCACUUAAGUCUUUGAUCAGUCCAGACAACAGAUUUUCACCUAUACAUUAUGAUUAAAGGGUUUCUUUGUGUAAGUACUGAUAUCUAUUAUCUAUCUAUCAUCUAUAUCUAUCAUCUAUCUAUCUAUAUCUAUCUAUAUCUAUCAUCUAUCUAUCAUCUAUCUAUCUAUAUCUAUCUAUCAUCUAUCUAUCUAUAUCUAUCUAUCAUCUAUCUAUCUAUCUAUCUAUCAUCUAUCUAUCUAUCAUCAUCUAUCUAUCUAUCAUCUAUCUAUCAUCUAUCUAUAUCUAUCUAUCUAUCAUCUAUCUAUCAUCUAUCUAUCUAUCUAUCUAUCUAUCAUCUAUCUAUCAUCUAUCUAUAUCUAUCUAUCUAUCUAUCUAUCUAUCUAUCAUCUAUCUAUCUAUCUAUCUAUCAUCUAUCUAUCAUCUAUCUAUAUCUAUCUAUCUAUCAUCUAUCUAUCAUCUAUCUAUCUAUCUAUCUAUCUAUCUAUCUAUCACUCUGGAACACUCUGUCACAAGAGACUAGGGCCCUGCGGGACUUGACAUCUUUCUGCCGGGCCUGCAAGACAGAGCUGUUCCACCAGGCCUUUGGCCAGGGCACAGCCUGACUCCCUCCCUCGGCAAUCUUCGUGGAGCUCUGGCCCAAUGGUUGCCAGUGGCUUGAUUUGAAUUUAUUAUUAUUAUUAUUAUUAUUAUUAUUAUUAUUAUUAUUAUAUCUAUCAUCUAUAUCUAUCUAUCUAUCAUCUAUCUAUCUAUCUAUCUAUCUAUCUAUAUCUAUCAUCUAUCUAUCUAUCUAUCUAUCUAUCUAUCUAUCUAUCAUCUAUCAUCUAUCUAUCUAUCUAUCUAUCUAUCUAUCUAUCUAUCUAUCUAUCUAUCUAUCUAUCUAUCUAUCUAUCUAUCUAUCAUCUAUCUAUCAUCUAUCUAUCUAUCUAUCUAUCUAUCUAUCUAUCAUGUAUCAUCUAUCUAUCAAUCAUCUAUCAGUGGAAGCAGUGAAAUGGUGCAACCCCCCCCCCCCAAUAUAUAGGGUAUUGAGAUAGGGGGAUAAACAAGGGAAAAUUGGGAACAAACGCUGCAAGCAUACCCUAAGUACAUCAGCACCAGAUACAUGAAAAUAAACUCCAAAGAAAAUCAUACCCAAACUAGACAUUAUGCAGAAGACAUCAUCAUCAUCAUUAUUAUUAUCUGAGAGUUUGCCAAUUUGAACAAAAGAAUAGCAGUCACAAUGAGCAUCUCAACCCGUUCAUAUCCUACCAUCUGUCUAGUCAAAAGGGCCCACCUUUCUUCUGUAAGGGAAUAGAUACAGAUACAGAGACCCAGAAAAGCAAUUCUGGGAGGGAUAAUGUGAUCAGGUGAACAACGAGAGGAGAAAAUAUUAAGCACCCCCGUCUCCCCCACUAAAACCGACAGCCUCUGAGGGCUGCUUCUCAAUUAAAGAGAAACCCGGAGAUUGGUGAGUUUUCUCCUGUCCUCUCUUGAUGUCUAGUUUGACCCUCUCAUUCAGCGGUGCUUUUUCAGAGUAUGUUGGAAAUUCCACUGAGUGUGUUGCCUCCACAGAGAGGAAGAGGAAGCCGCUUGUAAACCAGCCCGCUCCAUUCAGAAGCUGAUAUACUGGCCUUAUCCUAGCAGCUGGAUCGUCACAAGUCCAAGAUGCUCUCAUUUCUUUGAUAAUGAGAUAACUGCCUAGAAACAGAGAGAAGAAAUGACCGUCUUUAGCUGGGAGAGAGGAAGAAAGCUAAAGUGCAGCUCCUCAUCGCAGCCGACAUCUGUCUUCUCCCUUGAUUCCCCUGCAAUUAUGCUAGACAAUGUUAUCGUUCAGUGAGGGAAACCAGACCAUAUGUUUUAAUACUGUACAAUACUGAUGUGUUUAAUGCCAGCUUGUGGCUACUAUUAUAAAUCCAUCCAUUGGAAAAAUGAUGCUUUGCAGCUACAGUAAUCUAAGGAACCGUGUCUUGUUAUUCUUUCUCCGUGUUAUCAUUUCACUGGAGAAUAGUUAUGGGGGAGCUGGGGGAGG